AAUUUAAAAAAUUCAAAACCCUCUAAAACAAAAAUGACAUUCUGCGCGGUCUGCGGCCUUCGCCGCGGACAGGCCGUCCGCAACGAGCUUCCGGUGGGUUUCCACCUGUUUCCAACGGAACCAGUGCAGCGCCAAGCCUGGGAGGACUUUUGCGCAGAAUCCGGCGGCGAGCAUAACGGUCCCAGGGAUGGCUGGAACCGGUCAAUCUGCUCGGACCACUUCGAGUAGGAGUGCUUCCGGGGCGGUGGCAAGCGCGUUUCGGAACCGGGCCGACGGCACACGCUGCGGGAGGGGGCCGUUCCGACAAUCCGGAGCGGGACGUCGCUUGGAAUUGUGGAGCAGAGGCUGGAGGAGAUGUUGAAAAGUAAGCUGGAGAUCUCGUUUGUUUCGGUGGAUGAACCAACGAUAAAGUUGGAAACGGUUUGCCGAAUCUGCGCGCUGGAAGGCACGUUGCACGAUUUGACGCUCGAGGAAAACGCUGAACAUGGCCGGAAGUUUAGCUCGCUAACCUCGAUUGAGAUUGACGCGACGGCUCCGUGGCUUUGCGAAAGUUGUCUGGCGCGGUUGAAUGAGGCGUACGAGUUUGUACAGGCUUGCGUUAAGGCGGAGAACCGACGGAAGAGUUUGUUUGUGGAAACUCUUGUGGUGAAAAGGGAGGAGGAAGAGAUGCAGGAGGAACCGAUGGUUGAGGCCAGAGAUGAACCUGCAGGACAGAAUCAGGCCGCCGAAGAUCACUCUGAGUACACGUGCACAGCUUGCCCGGCAACGUUCGAGAAACGCGUGGAUCUGUUUGCCCACGUCAAAUCCCACGGGAAGAACCGCUUCCCUUGCCAGCAAUGCGACCGAGCCUUCAAACGCAAGACUGAGCUGGAAGUGCACAUGAACUCGCACCGAAUCGAGCCCAGCUUCUUCUGCCCAACCUGUUCGGCUGGGUUCAAGUGCCAGACCAAUCUUUGGCGACACCACAAAUCAGUCCACCUCGGGCUGAAACGGUUUGCCUGCCAAGAAUGUGGCCGACAGUUCGCCCAAAAGACGCACCUGCAGCAGCACGCUGCGGUUCACGUGGAGGAAGCGACAAUUCCGUGCGAGCUGUGCGGCAAACUGUUCAAAACAGACUUUAUUCGGCGAAUGCACGUGAAUACGGAGCACCGGGAAGACCAGCAGAACGAGCCCAAGGCGAUCCGGUGCGAAGUUUGCUCCAAACAGUUCCCGAGCCAGCAAUCUCUCAUCGCUCACAGAGUUUGCCAUCGCGAUUCGAACCUGUUGUGCACCGUUUGUGGCAACAAGUACAAGUCAAAUGCCAUACUCCUCGCCCACAUGGCCACCCACAAGGAGAAAGCGUUCGCGUGCGAGCAAUGUCCGGUCGCCUUCAAGACCCGCAAAUCGCUCCGGUACCAUCGGCUCGUUCACGCCGGCCUUAAACCGUACAAGUGCGAUCUUUGUGAGCGCACGUUCCGGUGUUCAACGCACUUGAAAACCCACCAGAGUGUCCACACCGGAGCCAAAGCGUACCAGUGUGUCGUCUGUAAUCAGGGUUUCGCGAUAAAGGUCAAACUACGGCAGCACAUGGAGAAGCAACAUGGAGGUGAACAGAGGGAAGAAGAAGGAACCGAUAGCGUACUCAAGCGCGGUGUUUGAUGAACGAAACUGAAGUGGCGUCGAUAUCGAAUGUCAAUAAAGUUGAAAUCAUUUGGAUAAAAAGUCCUAGAACUCUG